AUGUACUGCAUACGACCCCGAGCCCUCCCACGCGCCUUCAUCCGGCCUACCCAAGCAACAUCCACCCACGCGCCCUUCCGCACCUACCAAAAACUCCCCUUCGGCCGCGGCGGGCCCCAAUACCAACGCUUCUCCGCACGCUCAGGCAUAUCCUCUUUCUUCGUAAACUGGGCCGCGCGACCAACCUUCUACCGCGACGUCGGCAUAAUAACCUCCGGCGGUGCAACAGUCUACGUGCUCAAUCUCGAAGAAGUGCCUGUCUCGGGGCGGCGGCGGUUCAACUUCAUCCCCGCGAAGAUCGAGGAGGCGCUGGGUGAGAGCACGGUGGCGGAAAUCAAGCAGCAGUAUGCGGGGCAGUUCUUGGAUGAUGCUGAUCCGAGGGCGAGGAUGGUGAAGAGGGUACUGGAGAGGUUGUUGCCGUUCGCGUUUAGAGAGGGGAAAGGGUUGAGUGAGAUGAGUUGGGAGGUGCAUGUCAUUGAUUCUCCGGAGAUGAAUGCAUUUGUGGUACCGGGCGGAAAGGUGUUUGUGUUCACUGGUAUUCUUCCACAUUGUCGGGAUGAAGAUGGGAUUGCGGCAGUCUUGGGCCAUGAGAUUGCGCAUGUAGUCGCGCAUCACACUGCCGAGCGCAUGUCCCAAGCCCCCCUCAUCCUGAUACCAAUCCUCGCCUCCCUCGCCCUCGACAUCUCCUUCUACAGCGCAAACAUGAUCCUGCAACUCUUCCUCUCCAUGCCUGCGAGUCGCAAACACGAGGCCGAAGCCGAUUACAUCGGGCUGCUGAUGGCCGCGCAAGCCUGCUAUCGCCCCGAAGCAGCCAUGGAGUUUUGGGCAAGAAUGGAAAAGAGUGGACAGCAUGGGCCGCCCCAGAUUCUAAGCACGCAUCCGAGUAAUCACAAUAGGGAGGAGAAGAUUAGAGAGUGGUUGCCCAAGGCAAGGGAGAUGGCGGAGGCUAGUGAGUGUGCGGGGAUGGGAAGCAUCGAUCUGGAGCCUGCGCAGAUGGCCAUCGUCCCGGCUACUCGGGUGACAAAAUAA